AUGGUUGAUCAUAUGAGAAGGUGUCUUGAAUUAGCAGCUGAAGCUCUGGCUCUUAAAGAGGUGCCUGUUGGUUGUGUAUUCACAGUUAACGGACAAAUUAUUGCAGAAUCAAAAAACAGUGUAAACGCCACACACAACCCAACUAGACAUGCGGAAAUCAACUGCAUUGAUCAAAUUCUAGAAUACUGUAGAUUAAACAACAUCGAUUACAAGCUAUAUUUCAAGAACGUAAUUGUGUAUGUGACCGUUGAACCGUGCAUAAUGUGCGCGGCAGCGCUCAACAAUCUAAACAUCCGUGAGGUGGUAUAUGGUUGCCCCAAUGACAGGUUUGGCGGAAAUACCGUUUUAGAUGUCAGUAACUUUUAUGAACAAAAUUAUAUUUUAAAUGGAAACUUGUUGGCAGAUGAAGCUAUGAUGUUGCUCAAAGAGUUUUAUAAAGGGAUAAACCCUAAUGCCCCUGAAUCAAAAGUGAAGAAAGAUAAAAAAGUUUAAUUUAAUUAAAAUAUUGUCGAAGACUUCCUAAAGUGAAGAAAAGUGUAAUUUAAACGUAGAGAAUUAUACAAUAUUAGUCUAUUAAAGAUUGUCCACAUAAAACUUCAGUUUUAUCAACAAUUUUUUUUUUUAAUUGAAGUUGAGAUUACUAUAGUCGCCAAACUGAAUUUUUUUAGUGUAUAUGAUCUGAUUUUUUAAUGUACAUGCACAAUACAAGUAAUUACUGUGAGUUCACUAUUUAUCAAAAGUAUUAAAAAGGCUCAUAUGAUUUUUGUACGAUAAAUCCUUAUCAUGUUGAUACUGAUUAUACAAAUAUAAGUGAUAUACUGUU